CAGCACGGGUGAGUCAAGGUAGUUAGCACGUCGUGGCUGCGCUGCACUCACGCUGCCAUUAAAACACCUUCAGAAGAAGGUAAGUAGGAAAUAAAUAUGGCAACAAAUACAUUGAGUCUUGAUGCCCAGAAGCUAGAGACCUGCGGAGCAGCUGGGGAUGGAGACAAACCUCUUCAAACCAAGAUAUUACAGGUCCAAGCCAAAUGCGGACUCAACACCAUGCACCCCCAACCAGCUGCCUCAUGUGUCUCAAAGGUGGACACGUUGUCUGCCCCUCCUAAAGUCAUCCCCGCUGUCAAGGGCCAACAUCAGAUCUCCCCUACAGUUACAGUCGCAGGUCUUCAAAAAUCCUCUCCUUCUGUCAUGGUGAUAGCAAAGGUGGCCACCACAAGAGCAGUAAGUGCCAUCAGCCAAUCACAGGUCAUGAAAACAGCUGUGACCCAGGGGGCCUCAAUAAACCAGGCCACAAACCUAGGAAGGACGGUGGUGAUCACUGUACCAAGGGCAGCUACUCCACAGACGGUCGCUGUGUCCCCUCGGCUGCCAUCACCACAACUCCCAGCAAAUAUCCAGAUACCACCAGGUAUGAUGUUGAUCCGCAGUGACAGUGGUCAGCUGAUGCUGGUAUCCCAGCAGGCUUUGGCACAGGCUCAACAGGUACCAAGAGGUGUCGGUGGCCAGGUGACCAGACUGUAUGCCCCACAGGUACCUGCAUCAGCUGGAAACAAGAGUAAUGAGAAAGUGACGGUGAUCAGGAUGGCAGCCCCUUCGACGUUCCAGCAGACAUCAGUCCAGAAGACGACUGUAGUAAAGGUGAUUGGUGUAGCGCCCAAACCAGCCGUUGUCCAGCCCACCAGUGUUGUGUCAGAGCAGGGGAGCCGGCCUCGCGUUCAUGAAGUCGUCCCAGAAACCCAAAAGGAGCCAUCGGUCACUUAUGCUCAGGAGUCCUUGGAAAGUGUCAAGAAGUGCAAGAACUUCCUGGUGACGCUGAUCAAGCUGGCCUCCAGUGACUCCAGGUCUGCCAACAUGGCGAAUAACGUCAAAGGACUGGUUCGCAGUCUGCUGGAAGGGAGGCUAGAAGCAGAGGAGUUCACAGAACAGCUGUAUAAAGAGCUGAAAACCACUCCUCAGCCCUGCCUGGUGCCUUUUCUCAAGAAAAGUCUUCCUGCAGUGCGCCGCCUCACUGCAGACCCACAGUUAUUUAUCCAACAGGCUUCGACUUCCACCCGCAACCCUAACACUCAGUCCUCUAACCUGAAGCAGUCCACCUCUGAAACUGAAAAAGACUUCAAUAACAACCAGCAGGUUAUCCAGCAACUUCGAGGAGUGACAGUGAGUCCGGGGUUGAACACAUUAGCCCAGUCCAGAAAUUACAGCAGGCCAGUCUUCAAACACACAGUGGUCCCGGCAGAAAAGCACUUUCAAGGUAAUUACUACACCUUUUCAGUGAAGCAGCCUUUCAUUCAAGAUCCAUCUCAUCAUAACAGAUUUACAUUCAAGGACAGUUCAGGAUCUUACAAGGAAGAUGACGACAUUAAUGAUGUGGCCUCCAUGGCUGGAGUGAACCUGAGGGAGGAGAACGCAAACAUCUUGACCACCAUGGUUGGCUCUGUUGUGAAGUCAUGCCAGGAUCAGCCCUUCCUGUCGCCGAAGCCCGUUCUCUGCCGAAUCCUUCACACAGGACUUGCUCUGGGAGUCACUGACGUCGGACCAGACGUGGUCGCUCUGGUUUCUCAUGCGACACAGGAGUGUCUCCGUGGGCUGCUGGAGAAACUCAUUUUGAUGGCAGAACACCGCAAACCAGUGCUGAAGGAGGACUCAUGGCAUGCUAAAGUGAGCGACGUGCGCUCGCAGCUUCGCUUCCUGGAGGAAGUGGAGAGUUUGAAGAAGAAGAGGAAAGACGAGGAGGAGAGAGAGAGAAUCCUGCGUUUGGCCAGAAUUCGCUCUCACUCUGAGGAUCCACUGCAGCAGCAGUUAAAACAAAGAGCGAAAGAGUUACAAAAAAUAGAAGAAGCUCAGCUGCAGCAGAGAGAGGCUAAUCUCACAGCCCUGGCUGCGAUUGGGCCUCGCAAGAAGAGAACUCUGGAGCAGACUGAAAGCCAGAUGAUGCUGCCCAGACAGAACGUUCCCAGAGUGACUCGCGUCAUGCUGAAGGAUCUGUUGGUCUGUAUGGAGCAGAACCACUUCCUUCGUCACUCUCUCACACUGUACAAAUCCAUGCUCUGAGUCACCCACACACUCAUCCGACUGCUGAUGACUGAACUGAUGUACUUUGAAUUUUUGUUUAUUAUAAACUAUGUAUUUAUUAUUUGGUAUGGAGAGCGGUGCUGGUCUUUGAAAGCACUUUUUGUUUGGAUUAUUAAGAAAAGAUUAAACGUCCCUCUAGGAACACAUUGCUGUUAACUAAAGAAAUGCUGAACAGUUUUGUAAAAGUGAGGGAAGUUACGUUGAGUUCCACGAUGGAUGUUGAGUUUUUCAUUAUUUUCUUUGCUUGCUGUUUGACUGAUUAAAAGGUGAAACUGUG